AUGGAGUUGAAGUUUAUAUGGUUCUUUUUCGUUGCGUCGUGUUUUGUACAAGGAUUAGUAGCACAAGAAAACGACGUAACAGAAAUUCCAUCUGAGAUUGAGGCCAGAAUUGAAGAUGUAAUUGAGGGAAGUGGUAAUGCUGGCAUCGAAGAAAAACAUGAUAGUACAAAAAUGCUGAUCAUGCCACAAAUGGAACCCAUUAUAGCACCGGUAGAUAGCGAGGAUGAAGAAGAAAUGAGGAAAAAUGAAAGCCCUACCCUGAUCGGUCAAGAUGAACAAGAAAAUAAUUCUUCAUCUGGCAGAGUAAAUUUAGAGAAUAACGAAAGUUUGUCUCAUACUAAUCCCCCAAUCAUUGAUGAAGAAAAGCAGGAAGAAAACUCAUCCCAGGAAAUACCAUGUCCAAAACCUUGUCUUUGUAGCAUUGAAGGUGAAGAAAACAACUUAGUUGUCAAUUGCGCUGGGUAUUCUUUAACGGAGUUUCCAUCACCUAUUGAUACAAGAACCACAACAUUAAAUUUAAACAAUAAUAAACUCACUGAGAUACCGAGAGAUAUUUCAUCGUUGAAAAAUUUGAAAAUUUUAAAUGCCAAUGAUAACUCAAUAAUGGAGUUAGCAGCAGGUUCAAUCAGUGAGCUACCUGAAUUAAUAACAUUGAAGCUAGCAGGCAACCGUUUAAUUGAAUAUCCUCAAGAUUUAAAAAACAGUAUUUCUUUAAAUAAAUUGGAAGAACUCGAUUUAGGAGGAAAUGAUAUACGCACGACUUUAACACCACAACUAUUUUCGUCACUUAAAUCCCUGCGCAAGGUAACUCUUCCCAGUACAUCAUCGGAUCUUGUUGAAGAUCUAUGUAGAUCUUUUAAGGCAUCUUUGGAGACUGUUUGUACAGAAACAUGUAAAAAACAGAGUUACGACUGUCCUGAUGUGACGGACCUAUUUGGCGCAGCAUUACCAGGAAUGAUAUCUUUUGAUAACAACGAAGAAGCGAGCCUUAACAAGGGCACUAAAGAAACAACUUCAAGCCCAUCAACGACACCAGACACAACCACGGUGUUAACUACCACCACAAUACCGGAAAAUAGUUCAAGCGCGACCGAGUUUUCGCUACGCGCUGCUGUUAAUGAAGCACCUAUUAGUCAUAAAACUCUUAACACUCUUGUCGAAGCACCAACGGACACGCAUGAAGAAGAGACAGAAGUGAAAAUAGGUGCGAAAACUUCGGAAAUAACAAAGGCCGGAGGUGGUGUUGACCGAAGCGUGAUAGGAAUUGUCAUUGCUAGUAUGAUUGUUGUUGUAGCCGUAAUAGCGAUUAAGAAGAAUUGGACUUCUAUCAAAAAGAGGUUUGGUUCCGCACCUCGACCAAAUGACCGUACACCUACCAUUAACGGCACAACACCUGAAGAAAUACCGUUACAGGAAAAAACCAACGAUAAAUUACCAGUUUAA